AACGACAAUGCCGUUGGUGAGGUUCAAGAUACGGAACGAGCUCAGCUUAGGUGGGCCGGAGCUAAACCGUAGCCCCGCCGUGGAAUACGAGGAGCCUAAGGCGAUUCUCGGCGCUGUUGAAGUUGCUGGACUCGUCGGGAUCCUUCGUCAGUUAGGCGAUCUCGCUGAAUUUUCAGCAGAGGUGUUUAAUGGGAUACAAGAGGAAGUGACUGUUACGGCUUCUAGGUGUCAGAAACUGACGAGCCGUGUUAAACGGAUAGAGUCAGCGUUGUCACCUCUUGAAAAGGCUGUGCUGUCACAGACAAGUCACAUUCAUUUUGCAUACACUGCAGGCUGUGAGUGGCAUCCUCGUAUAAGGAAUGGGCAAAGACAUUUUGUUCAGAGUGAUUUGCCACUUUGUGUUAUGGAAACGUAUGAACAGUGUAGAGAUCCUCCUCCUUUGCAUCUGCUUGACAGAUUUGAUGCAGGUGGUCCUGGGUCGUGUCUGAGAAAAUACUCAGACCCAACAUUCUUUAGAAAGGAACUCGGCAACCAUAGUAAAGAAGAUGAUGCCAAGGCCCAGAAAGAUCAGGCUCAUCGCAAAAGAAAGAAAAAGAGGUUACCACAAAGAAACAUUUGCCGAUCACGUGCUGUGUCUACGUCCGAUGACACUAAUGGGGCUCGUCUCAGUUCUCUAACUGAUGACAUACCAACCACUUCUCAGAGUACUUCCACAGUUGACAUGCCCCGUAGCUCUAAUAUGCAGGAUUUUUCUGGCAGUAUAGACCAAUCUCUUUUGCAAGAGCAGUCAAAUUCGCAAGAACGUAGUGAAGAACAAGUACAAUCAGAUUUACAAGAGUCAUCAAGACCUCGUGAUUCUAUAACUGGUUCAGGUUAUAUUGAGUAUGUCAUCAAUCACAGUCCUGUGAAUAAGCCUGACGUGAAACUAUUAGAGGGAUCUCUGUCUAGUUCCUUACAACCUGCGGAUAGAAUAGGUUCAACUGUUCCUCAAGGUCGCGUUGAAGUUGUAGAUGACAAUAUUCAAUAUGGUCCCUCUAAAGAGAUACAUGUGCCUUAUGCUCCUAUUGUUUGUGAUGAGAAGAAAGGAGCACUUAUAUCGAGGGUAGAGGAAAGUAACAAAGACGAAGAAGCGUCACAGAUACACGAGUUGAAAAUUGGUCCAGGAACACCAGACAGGGUGAGGCAGAAGCAAAGGGACUUUGAUAGUACGUAUGAUUUUUUCAACGAGGUAUGUAUUGUGGGAGAAAAACUAAGUAAGAGCCAGGCCAACGGUAUUGAUGAAAAACCAGGAAUUGAGAACGAAGAAGAAAACAAGAGUGAACAAGGGAGCGAAGCAGAUGAGUUUGUAGAUGCACGUAAUACAAUUGAAUCUGAAUCAGAGAGUGAGCUUGAUGGAAUACCAAAACCAAAACUGGAGCAUUAUUUUGGGGAUAUCAGCACUUAUUGUUCUGAAGAUGCUAGCAGUGACAACAAUGAAGGAUCAGAAGAUAUAUAUGAAGAAAUGGUAGAAGAUCCACGCCAUGAUAACUCCCUAGAUGAAUCUUGUUCAGGCUCUUAUCUUUCUGACGAUGCGAGUGUUUCCUGUUGCCAAUCAGAACCAGUGCUUGGGAAAAGUCCGUCUCAUGAUGAGACUUUUCGAAAGCCAAGGGAAUUUUCUGCCAUGCGUCCUUCUUUAUUGGCCGAGGAAGCUUUUCCGGGUAAAACAACUUUGUCAGACGAACCUAUUACCGCACAUCCCUUGUUGGCAAGAAAUCGUGCUGAUGAAAAGAUUGAAUUUGAACAACUUAUUUCCUCAGGAACGUUUCUGAAAGAUGCUAUCCCUGCUGAAAAGAUCAUGCCAGAAGAACAUUUGGCCAAGUAUCCAUCUCUUGCAGAAGCUGUUCCCCGUGAAAAGAUAUUACCAGGAGAGUCUGUUGCGAUAUAUCCGUCUAAUGCAGAAACUGUACCCAUCGGAAAAUCUCUUCCCAAAAUCCCAUCUUUGGCAGAAGUUGUACCUGAGAAGAUGACCCCAGCAAAAGAACCUGGUGCUGCUCAUCCAUCUUUUCCCAAAGCUGUUCAAGAAAAUAAAGUUUCACCAGAAGAUCUUGAUUCAAAAAAUUUGCCUGUGCCAGAAGCUGCUUCACCAAAGCAAAGCUCACUGGAAGAAUUUGUUAGCAAAUAUCCGUGUUUGGCAGAAGUUGUUCCUGAUGAAACGUUAUUGACAAAAGAACCAGAGGAACCUGCCACCACAUGUAUGUCUUCAUCAAAAGUCACGCCGAUUGAACAAUUAUUGCCAGAAAAACCUUUGGAAGCGCAUCAUUAUCUGGCAGAAUUGCCUCAAGAAAAGAUCUUGCCAGAAAAAUCUUUUGAGUCUACACUUCCAUCUUGUGCCAAAGCUUGUUCUCCAGAAGAAAAUCUAUCACCAGAAGUUCUUGAUUCCACAAACUUCUUUGUGGCAGAAACUGUACCACAGGAGCAAAUCGGAUUUGAAGAAUUUGUUGGAAUAGAUCCGUGUUUGGUGAAAGCUGUUCCUGAUGAAAGGGCUUUGCCAGAGGAACCUGUUGCGACAUGUGUGUUUUUAACACCCGUGGCUACUGAAAAGACCUUGCCAGAAGAGAUUUUGGAAACAUGCCCUUCUUUGGCAGAAUUGCCCGAGGAAAAGAUUUGGCAUGAAGAAACUGAUGAUGCCACACAGCCAUGUAAAGCUGUUAGUAAUGAAAAAACCCCACCAGAAGUUUCUUGUUACACAGCUCUUCCACAAGAGAAAAUCUCAGGUGAAGAAUUUGUUGGCAUAUAUCCGUGCUUGGCAGAAGCUGUUCCUGAUGAAAAGUUCUUGCCAGAAGAACCUGUCACCCCAUGCCUCUCCUUGAAAAAAUCUGCGACAAUUGAAGGAGUCCUGCUAGAAAAACCUUUGGAAGAAAAUCUUUCUUUCACAGAACUGCCUGAAGAAAAGAUUGAACACGAAGAAGCUGAAGAUGCCACUCAUCCAUCUGUUUCUGAAGCUGUCAGUGAUGAACAUCUCUCACCAGAAGUUCUUGAUUCCAAAUAUGUUCCUGCUGCUGCAGCUCUUCCGCAAGAGAAAAUUGUGCUUGAAGAAUUUUCUGGCAAUCCAUGUCUGGCAGAAACUGUUCCUGAUAAGAGGGUUUUGCCAGAAGAACCUGUCAUCGCAUGUCUCUCUUUGAAAGAAUCUGCGACAGUUGAAGGAGUCUUGCCAGAAAAAUCUUUGGAAGCAUAUCCUUCUUUCGCAGAAUUACCUGAAGAAAAGAUCGUGCUCGAAGAGUCUGAUGAUGCCACCCAUAUAUCUAUUUCUGAAGCUAUUAGUGAUGAACAAAUCUCACCAGAAGUUCUUCAUUCCACAGAUAUUCCUGUUGCAGCAGAUUUUCCGCAAGAGCAAACCUUACUUGAAGAACUUGUUGGCAGUCCAUGUAUUGCAGAAGCUAUUCCUGAAAAGAGCGUUUUGGCAGAAGAACCUAUCACCACAUCUCUCCCUUUGAAAAAUGCUGCGACCAUUGAAAAAGUCUUGCCAGAAAAAGCUUUGGAAACACAUUUUUCUUCCGCAGAGUUGCCUGAAGAAAAAAUCGUGCUCGAAGAAGCUGAUGAUAUCACCCAUCCCUCUGUUUCUGAAGCUGAUAGUGAUGAACAAAUCUCACCAGAAGUUCUUGAUUCCACAAUUUUUCCUGUUGCAGCAGCUCUUCCGGAAGAGCAAACCUUACUUGAAGAACUUGCUAACAAUGCAUGUCUUGCAGAAGCUGUUCCUGAUAAGAGCGUUUUGCCAGAAGAAACUGUCACCUCAUGUCUCUCUUUGGAAAAUUCUGCGACAACUGGAGGAGUCUUAGUAGACAAACCUUUGAAAACAUAUUCGUCUUUCGCAGAAUUGCCUAAAGAAAAGAUUGGGCAAGACGAAGCUGAUUAUGCUACUCAUCCCUCUGUUUCUGGAGCUGGUAAUGAUGAAAAAAUCUCACUAGAAGUUCUUGAUUCAACAAUAUUUCCUGUGGCAGCAGCUCUUCCGGAAGAGCAAAUCUUACUUGAAGAAUUUGUUGGCAAUCCAUAUCUGGCAGAAGCUGUUCCUGAUAGUAAGGUUUUGCCGGAAGAACCUGUUACCACAUGUAUGUCUUUAACGAAAUCGGAGCCUAUUCUAGAACUCUUGCCAGAAGAACCUUUAAAAGCGUAUGCUUCUUUGGAAAAUUCGCCUGAAGAUGAGAUCGCACAAGAAAGUUCUGAUGAUGGUACACAUCCAUCUUGUGCCAAAGCUGAAAGUGAUAAAAACGUCUCACUAGAUGUUCUUGAUUCCGAGAAUUUGUCCGUCUCAGAAGCUAUUCCACAAGAGAAAACUGAACCUGGAGAAUUUGUUGGCAUAGAUCCUUGUUUUGCAGAAGCUGUUCCUGAUGAAAGCGUUUCUACAGAAGAAUCUGUCGCCACAAGUUUGCCUUUGACAGGGGUGGCGCCCAUCGAGAAAAUCAUGCCAGAAGGACCUUUAGAUAUGUAUCUUUCUUUGGAAGAAUUGCCAGAAGAAAAUAUAUCACAAGAAGUAGAACCUGAUUAUGACACAGAUCCAGAUUUUUCUGAAGCUGUUGGUGAUGAAAAGAUCUCGCUACUAGAACAUCCUUGUUCCACAUAUCCAUCUUUGGAAGAGCCUGUUCCGCACGAGAAAACUUCAGAAGAAGAAAUUGAUGGCACAAACCCGUUUCUGGAACUAGCUGUUCCUAACGUAAACAGUUUUCCAGACAAACAUGGCGUCACAUAUCAGUCUUCCGCAGAAUCUGUUUCUAAGGAAAAGAACUUGCCAGAAGAAUCCUUACUUACGUAUCCGUCUUUGGCAGAACAUGUUUUUGAUGAGAAGGCCUCAGGCACAGAAGCUCCUGGUUACACAACAGAAGCUGGUCCACACAACACUGAAGAACCUGUUGCCACGGAUCUGUCAUCGACCGAAUCUAUUUCAGAUGAAGAGAUCUCCAGCUUAGAAGCUCCUGCUUCCACAACAGAAACUGGCUCACACAACAAAUCUUUCCCUGAAGAACCGGUUGCCACAUAUCUGUCCUUGGCAGAAGCUGUGCCUGAAGUAAAGAUAUCUCUGAAAGAAGCUGAUACCACAUGUCCACCAUCUGCAGAAGCUGUUUUUGAUGAAGAGAUCUCAGAGUCAGAAGCUCCUGGUUACACAACAGAAGCUGGUCCACACAACACUGAAGAACCUUUUGCCACGGAUCUGUCAUUGACCGAAGCUAUUUCUGAUGAGAAGAAACCCGGCUUAGAAGCCCCUGCUUCCCCAACGGAAACUGGUCCACACAAUAAAACUUUCCCUGAAGAACCUGUUGCCACAUCGUUGGAAGAACCUGUUCCAGACGACAACAUUCCGCGAAAAGAACCUGCUGCUGCAUAUCUGGAUUUGUCGGAAGGUAUUCCUGACCAACAAGUGUUUUUGGACGAUGCCGCAUUUUUAUCUUUUGCAGAAGCUAUUUUCGAUCAAAAGUUCUCACCAGAAGUUCCGGAUUCCAUGGAUCUUCCUGCUAAAACCAUACUGGAAAAAGAAGUUGAAACAUCUGAUGGUACAAUUGUUGAACCAGUAAAUAUAUGGAGCAACGGGGGACUCCUUGGACUUGCCCCAUCGAAACCUCCAGUUUUUGCUGAGCCUAAGUCUGUAAGCGAACAUAUACAUAACGAGAUCAACGAAGCUAGUGUUAUUCCGACAAGCAAGCAGGGAUCAUCGAGCAGAUCAGUUGAAAAUACCGAGAGGAGUUCACUUCCAUUAGUUGUCACAGAUCCCACGUCACAACAACAAAGCAACACGUUGAGUCAUUCCAAUGGAUCUCUCUCUCCUCUGCAGAGCGCUGCAACAUCAUUCAAAGUCUUUGGCUUAAGUCAUAGAUUACUCAUGGCUGGGUUUCGUGGAAACUCUUCCUCAACUUACAAAUUUGAAUCCAUACCUACUACCAGCUACGAUACCAAAGCAGCAGCUAUCGAAGACAAGGUUCAACAAACUCCUCCCCGUGGCCCUAGCUUUGAGGAACAAUUGGCUUAUGAAUCAUCUCUCUUUGGCUCGCCUACUUCAUCACCACCGGUUGAACAUAUGAAAAUAACAUUCAAUCCAAUAGAUCCUUCCCCAGUUUCCAAAUUGAAACUGAGAAUCCCAUGCCAACCUCAGUACAACGGUGAAAAUGUGGAUACGUUCCCUUCGUUUCAGUUGGUUCCAGAGGCUAGCAACAACUCCGAUGAUGAGGACGAAAACAACAGCGAUAUCUUUUGUCAGUCAUCUCCUGGUGUUUCAGACAAUUGCUUGUCGGAUUCUGAGCUGUGGGAAUCUGAUGAAAGCCCUAGAGAAUCUGCAUCAAGGUUGAAGCAAGGUGGAGAAAGAAGUACACAUGAUGAUAUGGGUUCCUUUCCCGGUUCGUUCCUUGAUCUUCCAUGUUUCGACUCUGUAGAUCAUCAAUUCACCUCGCCAAGACUAGAGCCAGAGCAAGAGCAAGAGCAAGAGCAAGAGGAAGAGGAAGAGCGAGAACAACUUCCAGAAUAUAAACCAUCUGUUUCAGAGAUCAUCCGUGAUUGGCCACCAAACCAACCUAAAAGCAGUACCACGCAAACGCUACUCUGAAGAAAACGCAGAAUCUAUCCGUCAGGCUGUAGCUCCUGAUGACGAUGGUGAAAGAUAAAAAAGGUUGUACAUUCCAUUCCUCUCUGUGAAUUAUGAUUCCAAAUCUCAUUUUAUGUAAUACAAAAAAAAAACACACUAUCUAUAUAUCAGAAAUUUAAAGUAAUGCUCGGAGAAAGAUAAGUAGUUUUUAUUUUAAUUACGGCAUUUUUUUUACAUUUUUAUCAAAUUACACUUUUGUAUAUAGUAUAAGAAAAACAAACAAUAGAGAUGACAGUUAGUUAAAUAACGAAUCUUGAAGUUGGUACAAAAAGUCGUCAUCAUAUUUAGAAGGUGACGUCAGGAACGAUCCCGAGCUCCUUAAAAGCGGCGGGACAUUCAGCAGACGGUGUCGGAACCAUGAAACCGAGAGGGUUAACGAUACGUGUCUCGUGAGAGACGAUACCGUCAUUGGCCGUAAGGCUAACCUUAGCGGCGUUACGUAGGUAAUCAUCUUUGCUGACGUCACUGCAACCACUGUCUGGUGACUGGAGGAGAACGAGCUCACAGACUUCCUCCUCGUGGUCACCGGUCACUUCCAUUUUGUAGCUUCCUGACUUGUCAGUCACGGCUUCUUUCGUCAACGUCACGGUUCCGUUGGUUCUGCUCCUGCACUCUAGCUUCACUUUCGCUCCUUCAAGGAAUUUGCUGAGACGUGUAACGAACUGGACGCGGCAUGUGUCGCAGUAAACGGAUCCUUGGAUUUGGAAAGUGUCAAGGUCGUCGGCAUCAGCGACGGCCUUGCCGACGAGAGAGGAUAGGCACACGGCGGAGACAAAGAAGAAGAAGAUGGCUUUGGUGGCCAUUU